UAAAUUUUUCUAUUGCUUAAAACUCUAAUUAAUGUGUUAGUUGUUUAAUUUAAUAAUAAUGGUUUUGGUAAGUACUGAAGUUAGACUAUGUAGUCAAAAAUGCAGUAGAACCUUUAACCUGGUCUCUAUUAACCGAGGUCCCCGUAACCAAGUUGUCAGUCAUAUAAGGAAAUCGUAGACAAAUGUAGUAACAUUAGAAAUGGCACAGCAAAAAUCAGUAUUCUGUUAUCAAGGAUUUUUUUUUUUUUUCUUUCUCAUCCGUGGCCAUCCACAUGCUACGGUUCGAGGAGCAGGGACGGCAGUUCCAGUCUCAGAUAUUUACUACAUUAACCAAAUUCUUGGGAACUAAAAAGAUCUUCACAUCAUCGUACCAUCCGAAUUCCAGAGGACUUGUCGAGAGACUCCAUCACUUUCUUAAACAGGCCGUUAGAUGCCAUACUUCUGUUCACUGGGUUGAUGUUCUGCCCGCCGUGUUGUUAGAAUUGAGAGCGGCUUUUAAAGAGUAACUGGGUUCUUCCAACGCUAAAAUGGUCUACGGUAUCAAUAUACGUUUACCUGAAGAUUUUAUAAACCCCAGAAAAAACUCAUUUAAUUUUGAGCCUCAAGCAUUUCUCGAACAUUGCGCGAAACCAUAGCUUCAUUAUAUCCUACACCCACGAGUGUACAUUCUUCAAAACAUGCGUUUAUUCUCAAAAAGCUCACUACAUCCGCACCUGUGUUUUUAAAGUGUCAUGCAUUAAAAAAGUCUUUGGAGACUGCUUAUACAGGCCCACAUCUGGUUCGAGGUCGCACAUCCAAGAACUAUCGGAUACUUAUCGGAAAUAAAGAAACAGUGGUGAGCCUUGAUGUUCUUAAACUGGCCCUUUAUCUUUGCACCAAAAACUGUCAAGGCUUGUAUUUCAGUCGCAUAUCACACCCUCUUCGAAGGCACCUACACCUUCAUCCCUUGUGUCCACACCUCGAGUUGCCACUACAUCAUCAUCUGGGAAUGGAUUCCAGAAGCAAAGUGCUCCUCAGCAUAUACGUUCUGGAUGUAUGGUCUGAUUAAACCCUCGGUAUCUUUAAUUUCAUUGGCACUGGAGGGGAAGUACUGUGGGGACAUUAAAUGAACUUUUUAUUUAUUUAUUUCAAACCACGUGCCCGAAUCUGUAGCUGUAACCGUAACGGACAUUUUCGGGGCGCGUUCAGUCACGCUCCGUCGUCGCCGCGGCCGGUUGGAUUUUCCGUCCGAUCCAAAUAUCAUCAAUAUUAAUAUAAUGUGUAGUUGGUAUGUUGUAAUUGUCGUAAUUAUAUGUUUUUGUUAUUUAAAAUCAAUCUAUUGCUUCAUGUGCGUAGUUCAUCAUACCCCCCUCCAAAAAAAAAAAAAAAAAAAAAAAAAAACUAGCAAAGCUUCUCCAUAUAUUUACUGUUUCAUUUAGCUCAGCACGAUGCGACGAAUGAUGUGGUUCCACCCGUGCUUCUUAAGGAAUACAAGCCACACGAAAUGCAUAAGACCAAUGAAACUGGUUCUUUUACAGAGUACCAGAGUACACAUUAAUGUUUAAAUGUGAAACAUUAGCUGUUUUUAAGAUGCUAAAAGAACAAAUAAAGAGACUCAAGUUGCUAUUGGAAAGAGUAGGGAAACCUACUCUUUCCAAUGUUUAAAAUGUUUAAAAUGAGUCAAGAAUUUAACUUUCCAAUGUUUUUCAGUGUUUAAAAUGAGUCAAGAAUUUAACUUACCAUACUAACAAGAACUCAUGGAUGACGAGCAGUAUUUUUACCGAUUUCCUUUUGAAAUGAGGCAUAGAACUGGAAAACGAAAAAAUAACUUUACUAUUAGAUAAUUGUGCUGCGCAACUCUCUGAUACUAUUCUGAAAAACAUUAAAUUAGUGCUUCUCUAAGAACUCUAAGAACUCUUGAAUUGAAAAAUGGAGAUCUGAAAUGCUACCAAGAGUUUUACGAACUUGAAAAUACAAUUGAAAAGCUGUUGACGAACAGUGCGAAACAAAUGCGGAUUGAACAGUUCAAGGAAUUCAAUGAGGAUAAAAAUGCUGUUUUUGAAAGAAGCAAAGAAAUUGCAAAUAUUGUUAAUGGAUUGUAUUCACCUUUAAAUGUCUACAUUGCUCUUGUUGGUGUAAUAGUGUGGUCUGAUCAUGAUGAAAUAAAGCUGUCUCCUGAUGGUGAUGCUACUUUGACAAAUUUCUUGCAUUAUCGAAGAGAACGUUUAGCUCAAGAGCAUCCAAAUGAUAAUGCUCAGUUGAUAACAGCUAUGACAUUUGAUGGAGGUGUAGUUGGAAAAGCACUUAAGGGGCCUAUUUGUACUUAUGAAUAUUCUGGUGGAGUUAAUAUGGAUCAUAGUCAUGUUGUUGGAUUGGUUGCAACGACAGUGUCUCAUGAAUUAGGUCAUAAUUUUGGAAUGGAACAUGAUACCGAUGAAUGCCAGUGCCCUGAUGAUAAAUGCAUUAUGUCUCCAUCAUCAAGUUCAACUAGCCCCCGGCGUUGGUCUUCUUGCUCAUUAGAGUAUUUAGAACUUGCAUAUUCUCAGGGGAUGGACUAUUGCUUGAAAAACCGUCCAACUGAUAUCAUUGGUCCUGUGUGUGGAAAUGGAUUUCUUGAAGAGGGUGAAGAAUGUGAUUGUGGGCUGAAAGAAUUUUGCAGCAACCACUGCUGUAAUGCAACUACUUGCGAAUUGUACAGCAAUGCCACUUGUGCAGUAGGUGGAUGUUGUGAUACUGAAACUUGUCAGGUAAAAAAGGUGGCUACUCUUUGCAGAGAUUCUGCUUCUGAAUGUGAUCUUCCAGAAUUUUGUGAUGGUGUGUCUGAAUUUUGCCCAAGUGAUAUAUUUCGUCAGAAUGGUGAAGAAUGUGGCAAUGGCAAGGCAUACUGCUAUGAUGGACGGUGCCAGUCGCAUCUUGAUCAAUGUCGGCUUCUUUGGGGUCAGACUGGGAAAAUGUCUGAUUUAAGGUGUUAUGAGCAAAACUACAAAGGAAAUGUGAAUGGAAAUUGUGGCUAUAACAGAAUCAACUCGACAUAUAAAGCUUGCAGAAAAGAUGAUAUUUUGUGUGGGAUGCUGCAUUGCACUCAUUUGAAUGAAAGACUAGAAUUUGGUAUGGAAUCUGCUGCUAUAUUAGCUCGUUCGUUCAUCAAUGUCAGGGGGAAAAUAUUCACAUGUAGAUCAGCAAUCGUUGAUUUGGGAUUAUUUAACACUGACCCUGGGCUAGCACCAAAUGGCGCCAAGUGUGGAGAAGGAAAGGCCUGUGUAAAUCAAAAAUGUGUACCUGUUAGUUCUAUGAGAAAAAAUGACUGUCCUUAUGAUUGCAGUGGCAAUGGCGUAUGUAACAGUAGAGGAAAUUGCCAUUGUGAACUUGGUUAUGCACCUCCGUAUUGUGAUUCUCCAGGACCUGGGGGAAGCAUUGAUAGUGGUCCUGCAUCUGAUCCUAGCAGUUAUUUUAUAGUCAUUGCGAUGUACGUAAUUUUCCUUGGUCUUCUUCCAUUGAUGGUUUUAGCUUCUGCUGGAAUUUAUUAUUAUCGCAAUCAUCUUAAAAACUGGUGGUCUAGGAAAGCUCAUAAAGCCAAUAUUAAAUCAAGAGCUAAGACUACAACUCAAAGGAAACUACAACCACCAUCAAAGUUUCAGUUUGAUAGAAAUAGUAUACGUACAUUAGAAAUUUCAGCCCCUCUUCCUGUUUCUUCAUCAGUCAACUGCGCUGUGAGUACUUUACCUGCCCAGACCAGUCACAAUUUGGCAGAUUCUUCUGGUUUUUCUGAAGUUCAGAUAUCUUCCCCAGUUCCUCAGAAUUCUGGUACUUUGCAAAGUAACAAAUUUACUCCUGUUCGACCAGCUCCACCUAGACCUGACAAUACCCCUCAGCGAACCCCUUCAUGGACACCAGCUACAGCAGUUAUAACACCUACAAUAGUAAGAACAUCUAGUCUCAGAAGUCCAUGUGAAAGCAAUGUUGGAAACAGACCAUUAAGUACUUCAGGUUUUAGGCCCACUUGUCCUCCACCUAGACCACCCCCCCCUAAACUUAAUUCAUCUUCUUUACUCCAGCAAGACUUAUCAUCUUAUACAUAUGAAGAUAUUCCAAAAUCAAAAGAGCAUGAACGUUCAGUGACACCUAGCUCAAUUUAUUAUGAUGAUUGUCAGACUUUAGAUUUUACUGAUACCCCAUUGGCAUUUGUUCAUAUGUCUAAGCAAAAUAAUGUGAAAGACAGUAAGAUUAAUGAUGUAUCCUAUCAUAAGCAAAAUAAUUGUGCUGCUUCUGAACAUAUUUCUACGGAUGUAAAUAAAAUAAAUAAUAGGACAAAUAAAACAUUCAAUAUAAACAACCAGAGUGUCGGUGCUUGUAAACCAGUGUUUCCACGUGUUGUAAGGACAGGAGAAACUUCACUUGUUGCUUCAUUAGCCCAAAAAUUUGAAAAGCAAGAUAGUUCUAAUACUUGUGACUCUCUUAGUAAUUCACUAAGGCCACCUUUCAAAUCAAGACCACUACCACCAAGGCCUGAUAAUCCUCGAGCAUAAUGUUACCAUUAUUUCCAAAACAUAGUGAAUGAUUCAAUAUAUUUUAUCCUAUUUUUAUUUAUAAAGACUAUUUAUAACUGUUGAGGUCAUUUUAGACCAAAUGAAGAUUUUUUUUUUUUUUUCAUAACGAAUUCGUUAUGUUGAAGAGCUUGAUUUUUUUUUAUUGAAGCAUUAUGUGUCUUACUUUCAUGUUUGUGAAUAUUCUUGUUCCUAUAAUUUACUGUAAUGGAUAUCUGCUGAGAGCUAUGUAUAUUUCUUCAUUAUUCCUUUAUUGUUGUUCACUGAAAUUUUGGAUAAGCUUUUAAUUUAAUACAAAGAAUUUGAUAUUUUAUGAUCUUUAUACUGAAUAAUGUUUUAGUUUUAUCCUUUAUAUAAUAGGGGCGUACCUAUUUAUUACAAAUUCGGAAGGUUACUUGGUGUUAAAACAGAUCACUUUAUAGACACAUUUUGUUUUUCUGAGUCCUUGAAAGUUGAAAUAUUUAAACUUUAUCUCUUAACCUGUUUCUUUGUUAUAAAAAUUAAAGAAAUUAUAUUUAGCUUUUUAGAAGUUUACAUUGUAAAAGUUUUCCUUAAUAUUUCAUAUUUAUUUUGUUAUUUUUUUAACUUACUGCCUUAUGAUUUAAAUGACAACUGUUUAUUUUACGGUAAGACAAUAAAGCAUUUACUUGUUUCCUUAAUUUCAACUGGUGCAAAAAUAAUAAUGUUCUGAAGAUGUUUUUUGCCUCUUGCAAUAUUUUAUGUAAAAUGAAGACAGAUCUGUAUACUUAAUGUUUUUGGUAGCCUACAUUUUAAGAUAUAAUUGGGGAGAAAAGAAGAAAGUAAUACUAGUUGAAAUUUUAAACAAGAUUUUACGUAACUUAAUGCAUCAUUCAUGUGAUUCAAGUUUCUGUAGCUCAGCAUGUUGCGCAAUACUACUGUAAAGCUGAAAUUUUCUUAAUUCUGUUUUGAAAAUAAGUUUAUUUUUGUAAUUAUUUAUUUUAUUAGGCAACUAAUGUGUGUGUGUGUGUGUAUGUGCAGAAAUGUAGAAGCUGCAUAAUGCAAUCAUUUUUGUUAAUCUGUCACCAGAACUUACACAUGUGGCAUGUUUUGCAAGAAGCAGAUUUUUUUAAUUCUGUUAAGACAGCACAUGUAUGAAAGUCAUCUGACACUGAAAUGAUAUGAUUUGCCAAAGAGGGCUUUGAAAAUGAAAUGGCCAAUUUUUAAUUUGGGUCACUAAAAUUCUGUUCUUAAAAGCUUUCGUCUCUUUAACUCUUCAGAUAGUUUUUGUAAACACUGGAAGUUCAUGUUCUAGAUUCUCAAACCCUUUUUUUAUGUAUGCAAUCAAUAUUUGUUGGCUCUUUUGUUACUUUUAUGUUUAUAUAUUGUUAAUAUAAUAAUGUUAUCAGUCACAAAGUAAUUUCAUUGUCCGAAAUAUUUCCUUUUACAAUUCCGUGACUGUUAAAUUUCUCGUUUAUGAAAAAAAGCCUUUCUAUAGUUCAUUUUUAUUUGUGCAUAAGAUAUGCUAAAGUAUGUAAUUACAGUAUCAUAUGCAGAGUAGCAUUACUGAGAAGGAGAGUUAGCAUAUAUAUAUAUCUGAAAUGUUAACCAAGUUCUAUAUAAGCAGAAAAUGCUAAAGUUUUAAAAUGUAAAGUAAACAUCCAAUGUCUUAUAUAGUUUUGUCAAAAGUGAGUAAAUUCAUACCAGUUUGUCAUUCAAAUAGAUAAAUCAGGAUCACUUUGGAA